AUGAUACGCUACCAUUUGCUCUACAAACCGCCGGGUGUUCCACUUGGGCUCCUCGGGGCUGGCUCUGCGUCCAAGGAGUUGCGUGGGAUCUGGAGAAUGGACUACGGCACGCCAACCAAGCUAGUCGUCUUCGUCAUAUUCUUGCUCGUCUGUUUAGUAGCCAACCUGGCUGGCCCUUCCAGUGCCGUCCUCAUGAUCCCGCAGAGCCACACAUGGACAGUCGUACCACCCGAAAUAUAUACGGAAACACGCGCAACAUCAUGA